AUGAGUUUCCUUCGCACUGCCACAUGGGCCCUCCGUCCAAGCAGCCAACUUUUAACACGCCGUGCAGUCCUUCCUGCUACCAGCUUCGCUGUCCGCCACCUUUCCGAUUCUACCAAGAAGACUAUUGAGGAUGCAAUACACAAUAACAAGCUUGUCGUCUUUAUGAAAGGAACUCCUGAUAUGCCUCAGUGUGGAUUUAGCCGUGCAGUCAUGCAAAUUCUUACAGUUCAAGGUGUCGAUAUGAAAAAGUCCUUGAAAACUUUCAAUAUCUUGGCUGAUGAAGAGCUCCGUAGCGGUAUUAAAGAAUACUCAUCAUGGCCUACUAUUCCUCAAGUUUACAUCAAUGGCGAGUUCAUUGGAGGUUGCGAUAUCAUGCUUAAUCUGCACCAAAGUGGUGAACUAGAGUCCAUGUUAGUUAAAGAAGGCCUCGUCGAACCGGAGCCUGAGGAGAAUCCCCGCGCAUAG